AUGUAAAAUCAAAAUUAUUUUAAAAAAGUAAGCAAGCCAAAAAAAAACAAAGUAGAAAAUGCAUUAAUUAGUUAUGAAGAGCAGCCUUCAAUAAAUAAAACGAGAAGUUUGUCUGUGUAAAAUUUUAUUUCAUUAAUAGCAAUUCAAGAUCUAACUAUUUUUAAAAUGAAGUAGAAAGCAAAACUAUUUAAAUAAUAAAUGAGAUUUCCAUUAUUAAACAACAAACAAACAAACAAAAUAAUUAUAUUUUCCAAAAUUUGCAAUAAAAAUAAAAUAUUUUAUUAAAUCAAGAGUCAUAAAGUAUUAUUAUGUAAUAAUCAUAAGUAAUAAAAUCAAAUUUAAUGGAAUUCUAAGAAGUUUGUAAAUCAAAAGAGAUGCAGACUAUCCUUUUUUAGGGUAAUAAAUUGUAUAAUCAUCUAUUAUUAUUUAAUCAUUCAUAAUUCUAUUAUAACUCAGAGAGUUUGAAAUAUGAAAAAUUAGAUAAAGCUUCAUCAAAUAAAUUUCAACUAACUGGCAAGCUUUACGAUGUAAAAUUUGAUCAAAAUAAAAAUCCAAAAUAUCUAAUCUAGGAAGGCACAUUUGAAAUCUUUUUGGAUAAGAAUUUAUUUAUUUUAAAUGGUUAAGGUGUCGAAUAUUGUGGAAAAUCAAAUAAUGAAAAAUAUAGAGGUGAAUUUGUAAAUGGAAAAUAUAAAUAAAAUUAAGAAAAUAAAACAAAUUUUAUAAGAUCAUAAAGUGCUCCUAUUAAAAAAAUUUUGAUAUAUGAUUUUUAAACUGGCACUUUGCUGAAUAAAGAUUAAGAAAAUAAACAAUAAAAUUAUGAUCAAAAAUAUAUUAGAAUUUGGUGUAAAUAUAAUGAAUAGAUUUCAAUGUAAGAUAUUAUAAUCUUAUAACAGAAUGGAAGAUUAACAAGUAGCAUUAUAGAUUGUUAUGUUUAUCAUUUAAAUUUAUUAAGUGAAGAGAAGUAUUUUAAAAAAGAUAGGAAUAAACAAAAAACAAUAGAUAAAAUUUUAUUUUUGACGUCUGCAUUUACAACAAAUUUUGGAGAUAAUUACACAUUCGAAAAAGCGAAGUAAUUAUUCGAAAUAGAAUUACUUUAAUUUUAAGAAAUGAAUUUUGAAUUAAAAAAAAUUUAUUCAUGGGUAGGUUUUCCAAUUAAUAAGUGCAAUUACCAUUGGUAUUUUGUUCUUUUUGAUUUAAAGUCUGGUAAAUGCUUGAUAUUUGACUCUCUUAAAAAUUCAAUAAGUAAUAUUAACAGAAAUGAAAAACUGUUAUCAACUCUAUCAUAAUUACUAUAGAUCUAAUUAUUGUAAAUUGAAUUGAGUUAGUAUUCGGGUUAAUAAGUGGAUAGCUAUUCAUGUGGAUAUCAUAUCUGUGAAUUCAUGAAAUACAGACAAGAAAUUUAAUUUGAAGACAAUAAGGAGUACUAGUAUAAUUAAAAACAAAUUGCAAAUAUUUUAGAGCAAGUUAUUACAAAUAAAGAGCUCUGA